CCACUUCACUGUGCAGCAAGAACCUUACCAGUUGGAGUUGUUGGCUUAUGUUAUGUUAAUUUACCCCAUUCAUCUACCCAGGAAGAAUGGCUGGCUCCUGCCUGCAGUCUGGCAGCUGUAUACUCAAGCAUGCUGUCAUCACCAUCAGUCCCCAGGCUCCUCGCUGCGCUACAUCCCCCGUAGGGCAGUCCUCUACUGCCCCGGCAAUGAUGAACGAAAAUUGAAGAAACUGGCCUUGCUGGAUGUCGACUGCGCCGUGCUGGACUGCGAGGAUGGCGUGGCCCUCACCAAAAAGGCUGAAGCCAGAGAGACGAUAGCUCGGAUGUUGGGAGAGCUGGACUUGGGCCGAACUGAGAAGUGUGUUAGAAUAAACUCAGUCUCCAGUGGCCUAGCUGAGGCCGACCUGCAGGUCGUUCUACAAGCAAAUGUUCUUCCUCCUGCCAUCAUGCUGCCCAAAGUGGAGGACAUUCAGGAGGUCAAAUGGUUUGUUGACAGCUUUCAGCGCAACUUGAAAGGACGGACGCCGACGGAACCCGUUCGCCUCGUCACCUUUGUGGAAACCGCUGUGGGCCUGCUCAAUUUUAAGGCCGUGUGUGAGGAGAUCCGCCAACUCGCUCCCAGGGCCGGGCUCCACCAUGACGGCGUGGUGUUUGGCUCCGAUGACUUCUGUGCCAGCAUAGGUGCCACGCGGACUAAGGAUGCCAGGGAGCUCCUCUAUGCGAGGCAGAAGGUGGUUGUGACCACCAAAGCUUUCGGGCUGCAGGCCAUCGACCUGGUUUACAUCGACUAUAAAGACGUGGAAGGACUGAGGCUACAGGCCAGGGAGGGAGCGCUCAUGGGCUUCACGGGUAAGCAGGUCAUUCACCCCGGGCAGAUCCAGCCUGUGCAGGAAGAGUUCUCCCCGAGUCAAGACAGGGUCCAGUGGGCCGAGGAGCUCAUUGCUGCUUUUGACCAGCAUCAGAAAGAAGGAAAGGGCGCCUUCACCUUCCGCGGCAGCAUGAUCGACUUGCCCUCGCUGAAGCAGGCUCGGAACAUCCUGACCCUCUCUGCCGCGGUGUCGGAGAACUAAUCGGAGGGACCCGCGGGUCUGAGCCGGGGCAAGGAACAGGAAAUCUCCCAGACGAAAACGAGCUCCUCAGGACCCGCACAAGCCCUCCAUGACAGUGGAAAACACGGCUGGUGUUUGUGUUGUAAUUGACAGAGGUGGCCCCGAGUCUAUUUUUAGCAGAGCCUUGCUUGCAUCGCCGUGCCGCGGUUUUUAAAACAUUAGAGAAUCGCACAGCGGACGGCAUCACCGCUUUCCUCCGGCGAUGAGCCCUGUGCGGCUUUCUGGCAGCGUGUUUCGCCAUCGUGUCCCUCUGCAGCCUGCGUGCCCACACCCUCCAUCCCUCCCCAGUCAUGAUGAAUGCUCUCCUAUCAGCACGUCCAGGCGGGGGGGGGGGGGGCCCAAAGGGUAAACAAACAACACCACUCUGCUGUGUCGGGUCUAUUCUUUGGGUUACAGUCAGGCCUCGCUCCGCCUGCCUCCGAGCCUGAGUCAAGAACUUCCAACAUCAUCUUGGCUUCAGACGCUAAAGAAAAACAAAAUCGGAACAGUUUUGUGUUUUGUUUUUUCAAUUGACGUGUUAGCCUCGCACGGCCUGCAAGCAAAACAUGUGCGGCACCAUUUAAGUGAUUUUUUUUCUACAUCGGGGCGACCUGCGUUUACUGCCGCAUUCAUCGAAACUGUUUCGGCGGAGCAUAAAAAAUGAACUCCUUAAUGAGCGGAGUGAAGAAGUCACAAAUGAAAGCACAAAAGGGGGCUUUGUGGAGCACUUGUCUGACUCGCAGAGGCUGUGAAGUGGGUGUGAUGUUCGAGGAGAGACAGAUUAGUGGCCAUGUUGCUCCAGCAGACCAGGACCAAGGCUUUGUCUCUCUGACUGCGGAUGGGAGGAUAAUUGGGGGGGUGUUGAAUGGUUAAUAGUGCCAUUGGUGACCAUGGUAAUGAAAGGCACCGUACCACCUCAACCCCACCUCAUCCCCUCUCUCUCUCGCUCUCUCGCUCUCUUUUUUAUGUUUCUUUCCCUUUACUGUAUGAUGUAUUGUGUCUGGGACAGAGCCCGUGUCUGUGCCAGGCCCGUCCAGACAAAAAAAAAAAAAAAAAAAAAAAAAAGAGAGAGACAGAAACGGCUCCUGCGUCCAGCCAAAGACCCCGGCAGUAAGCCGUCGUGUUGGCAUUUGGCCACAUCGGUUACUUGAAGCGGGCUCACUUUUUGCUGCCAUGAGGAAACAUUGGCCUUGCUUGUUUUCAAACUCUAAGUAAAAACCCUGAUAGUGGGGAUCAAAAUAAUUGUACCGUUUGACUUAAAAUGAAUAGCUAUGUACUCCAGCUGUUUCUUUAGACUCUGUAUGAUGAUGUCAAAACCAUAAACUCUAAAAUAAUUCAUGGGUUGUUUGACUGUCUCGAUUAUUUAGAAUGUAGUUUGUUGAUGUGUUUUUCUUCAACCUUUGUUUAACUUUGAAAUGUUUUUUCUCUGACUUUUGAAACUCUUACACAAUUGUGUCCAAGUUCAAUCCAAAUGUGAUUGUCCUUUUAGGGCACAUAAUUGACAAACAAAAAAUGGACUGUACCGCUGGGAUCAGUUAAUUAAAAUCAUAGGUAAAAUUCAUAAAACAAAAUACGAAAAACAGGAGUUCUUGACGUCUGGAACGAGUCAUUAAAAAAAUAUCAGUUUUAGUUUUUUUUUUUUUUCAUUUUAAGGUUGUCUGUUUUUGGUUUUUGGUUUGUUUUUUUUUCGUUUUGAUGAAUGUUUCAAAUGAUGAAUAUUAUUUCUUUCCAUUUUAAUGUUUUGUUGUUCCGGCUGCAUAAUUCGGGGGUUAUGUUGUGAUGAACCUAGAUGCCCAGACAGUCUCUCUUAACACACGUUAAACAACGUGCUGCAAUGUGAGUUUUGCAUCAAAUAAAGAGGCAUAACCAUUC